ACAAAACCCCUUCCACAAACGAGAUAGCAAGCAUCGAACAACUAGGAGGAGUAAGGUUCAGAAUUUAGUGUCCUGGAAAUUGCAAUAUCUUCAACUCUAUCUGCAACUCCAGAAUCUUCUCUUCGUCGAUCACAAAAAAUGACGACGAAAUUCCAAAUAUUUUCUGGAUUACCCUCCGCACCACUUCAACCUUCUUCUUCCCUUCUCAAGAAGCCUCUCGCCACUACCUUGUUCGGCACCAGACCAGUGGACACUUUGAAAUUCAGAGUCAUGAGGAUUGCGAAGCCGGUGCGAGGCGGAGGAGCGAUUGGUGUCAGAAUGAACCUGUUUGAUAGGUUUGCGAGAGUCGUGAAGUCAUAUGCAAAUGCUCUUGUAAGUACGUUUGAAGAUCCUGAGAAAAUCUUGGAGCAAGCUGUGCUUGAAAUGAACGAUGAUUUGACUAAAAUGCGUCAAGCUACAGCACAAGUAUUGGCAUCUCAAAAGCGAUUGGAAAAUAAAUACAAGGCUGCACAACAAGCUUCUGAAGAGUGGUAUCGUAAAGCACAACUUGCUCUUCAGAAAGGUGAAGAAGAUCUUGCUCGUGAAGCACUUAAGCGGCGUAAAUCUUUUGCCGAUAAUGCCAGUUCUUUGAAAGCUCAACUUGAUCAGCAAAAGAGUGUUGUGGACAAUCUUGUCUCAAAUACACGUCUUUUGGAAAGUAAAAUACAAGAGGCGAGGUCGAAGAAGGAUACUCUAAAAGCAAGAGCUCAAUCUGCAAAGACUGCAACCAAGGUGAGUGAGAUGCUGGGAAAUGUCAAUACAAGUAGUGCUCUUUCAGCUUUUGAAAAAAUGGAAGAGAAAGUGAUGACAAUGGAGUCCCAAGCUGAAGCUCUGGGCCAGUUGACAACUGACGAUCUUGAAGGGAAGUUUGCAAUGCUUGAGACCUCAUCAGUUGAUGAUGACCUUGCAAAUUUGAAGAAAGAAUUGGCUGGUAGUUCAAAGAAAGGAGAGCUUCCUCCUGGAAGAAGUAGCACCACUAGCACCACUAGCACCAAGACUGGAAAUCCAUUUCGAGAUGCUGACAUUGAGAUAGAACUUGAGCAACUGAGAAAAAGAUCAAAGGAGCUUUAAAAACCGCAGGUUUUGGUGGCCUCCUGAGUUUGGAUGUGAACAUCUCCAACGAGGAGCAAGGUUAGCAACACCAUCAUAUAAUGUUUAUAAUAUGAGUAUCUCUUAUGAUGUUUGUGAGGCAUGGUACUUACAUUGUAUUUUGAACACACAUAACUAUGCACACCUCAUAGCCAAGUUUAUAUGGAGAAUAGAGUAUAUUUUGCCAUCCAAAUAAUAGCUUAUUCGUUGUGCAUAUUUUUCAAAUUUUGCUACACCUGAAGUUGUAACUCUGCAUGGAUAUGGAAAAGCAGUAUUUGGAGCAAGAAAGAUAUAUUGAUAGCGUGAAGUAGAAUCUUCGUUGUUUCAGAAUUGGAAUUAUAGGAACUUUUUUGCUGUGGUUACUCUUGAAAGAAAAUCAGUACACGAGCAUUCAAAUAAUUUAUUGAACUUUUUGAUAUUAAUGUGUCAUAAUGAUAUAAAAUGAAUAACCAUUAACAUUUUUCCAUUAA